AUGCCGGGGCCGGAUGUUAGAGCCAAUGACAAUGUUUACGGUGAGAUGUCGACAGAGCCCACGGCGAUUGUACAUAGCGGCGUGGAAGCUAAGACAGAAAGAAAACUAACUGUCCUUGAAACUCAUGGAUAUGUGCUUGGUAGGACCAUUGGGUCUGGCUCAUAUGCCACUGUUAAGGUUGCUGCAAGUGAUAGACAUAACUGUCAAGUAGCAAUAAAAAUAAUAAGCAAGUUUCAAGCACCUGGCGAUUAUUUAAAAAAAUUCUUGCCUAGAGAAAUAGAAGUAGUAAAAGGACUGAAACAUGAAAAUUUAAUACGGUUUUUACAAGCAAUCGAAACUACUCACAGAGUCUACAUUGUAAUGGAAUAUGCCGAAAAUGGUAGUCUUUUGGACAUAAUUCGUAAGGAUCAGCACAUCGAUGAAGUUCGUGGUCGCCGCUGGUUCCGUCAGCUCGUCGAAGCCGUCGAUUAUUGCCACGAUCGAGGCGUUGUUCAUAGAGAUAUAAAAUGCGAAAACCUUCUAAUGGACCAUGGUCUGAAUAUAAAAUUAUCAGACUUCGGAUUUGCUCGGGGUCAUAUGAAGCCAAAGAACGGAGUAUAUGCACUAAGCGAAACCUUUUGCGGUAGUUACGCAUACGCCUCCCCAGAGAUUCUAAAAGGCGUUCCAUAUAGGCCACAAGAUUCGGAUAUAUGGAGCAUGGGAGUGGUGCUUUAUGCUAUAGUGUAUGGACGUCUACCAUUUGACGAUACGAAUUACACACAAUUAUUGAAGCAAGUCCAAAACAAAGUGUCAUUCCCUCGAGAACCAAAAGUGUCGGCUGAAUGCCGCAAACUGAUUACCAAAGUCUUGGCACCUCUAAAGAUGCGCGUCAAGAUACCACAGAUUCUUGCCGACCCCUGGCUCAACCCCAACCAGUCCUCAAAAGACAACGACGUCGAUAUGACACAGGAAAAAUCAGAGAAAAUCAGCAAAGAAGAUAUAAAAAGUGUGAACAUUGGUACAGUAACAUUUGAUAGGAAAUUAGAAGAAGUAAUAUAGUUAAUACGACACAUACCCAUAUAAUAAAUACCGAUUACAUUGUUGAAUAGAAACCGUUCAACUCGUAU